AUUACACAUGUAUCCGCGUGCAGACACAGCGCGCGCGGUCUGCAGCUCAUGGGCGCGAAGGAUGGAGUCGAAUUUACCACUUUAAAUUAAUAAGGACUCCUCGUCGUCCCCUCGUGUCCUCUUUCCAAUAAAUCAGUGAUGAGAUCGGCCGUCGGGAGCUUCUCCACAAGAAGAAGACAACGAGAAGAUCCUCCGCGCAAAAGUGGAAAGAGUGGCUCUUGAAAUCACAAAACCCCGGUCAUUGGAAAGCGGAUCCGGUCACCAAACAAAUGCGAGAUGUACUCUGGCCUGGCCGCAGUCUCGUCUCUUCACAAGCGAGUUCAACAGCAGAAGGAGAAGAAGAUCACCGUUUCCCGCUCUGCUCCGGCCCCCGUUGACAUCAGAAAGGCCGACGUGAUGGUCUUCAGCUAAACCAGAACCCUCUCCUUUUUCAUGACCCGCCUCCUGUUGCAUUGCCUCGUCUCCUCCUGAAACUCCCUCGCCAUGGCCUGCUUCCUGGCGUCCGUCUUUUUCCUGGUCCUCCAGUCGUACGCUGCCCCACCGGAGCUGCUCCAGGCAGCGGUCACCCUGCACACGCUGGACCUCGAAGCGGGAACAUCCGCCAACGUCUCGGGGGACCUCCCGCCCCCAGGCACGAGCAAACGAGCCCCGCACAGCAUCAUCAUCGGGGUGCGCAAGGGCGGCACCCGAGCCCUGCUGGAGAUGCUGGACAUCCACCCCGAGGUGGCGGUGGCGGCCACCGAGGUGCACUUCUUCGACUGGGACGAGAACUACGCCAAGGGCUUCGAGUGGUACCGCGACCUGAUGCCCUACUCGUACCCCAGGCAGAUCACGGUGGAGAAGACGCCGGGCUACUUCACGUCGCCCCUGGCGCCCGAGCGCAUACGCGCCAUGAACUCAUCCAUCAAGCUGCUGCUGAUCCUUCGGGACCCCGCGGAGCGGGUGGUCUCGGACUACACCCAGGUGUACUUCAACCGGCUGGAGAGCCACAAGCCCGUGCAGGCCAUCGAGAACCUGCUGGUGCGCAACGGCGCCCUCAACACCCGCUACAAGGCCAUCCACCGCAGCCUCUACGACGUGCACAUGCGCAACUGGCUGCGCCACUUCCCCCUGGAGCAGAUCCACAUCGUGGACGGGGACACGCUGAUCCACGACCCGCUGCCCGAGCUGCAGAAGGUGGAGCGCUUCCUCAACCUGCCCCCUAGGAUAGUGUCCUCUAACUUCUACUUCAACCAGACCAAGGGCUUCUACUGCAUCCGCAGCGACGGGCGGGAGCGCUGCCUGCACGAGUCCAAAGGGCGGCCGCACCCGGCCGUGAACGGCACCGUGCUGCAGAAGCUGCGCUCGUACCUGCGCGAGCACAACCACAGCUUCUACCGGCUGGUGAAGCGCACGUUUGACUGGCAAUGAGGGCACCUGGGCAGGCAGACUCAAAGAGGGAGAGGGUCCUUUCUUUGCUUUGCCUGUGAUGAGGGCAUUGAGAAUGAAUGGAAGGCAGGAAGACUGAGGGGGGAGGGAGGGUGAGGGAGAGGGAGAAGCACUUUAAGACCUGACAUUUCCACACCCAUUCGAAUAGCCUCGUAAUAACUACCAUUGUAAACUCUGGUUGCCACAGAGCGGGCCGAUAUCUCAAGCCUUAGGAAUAAUUCUUCAAAUACUGUAUACUGUACUGCCAAGGUCACAUAAAAAAAUGUAAAAUGAAUUCCCAAGCUUGGCAAGUCCUUCUCUCUGUGCUGUAUUAGUUACCACAUCGCAGCGGUUUGAAGUUUGUAAAAAAAUGAUUAAAAAAGAAUGACAAUUUUCUUUCUUCUCUUAUUUGAUAUUCUUGUUCUUAAUAAUA